UAUUGCUGCCUACAUACUUCAACCCAAAAGCAAGGUAGGAACACGCCUCCAUAUCGCUUCUUCUUACCUCUUCUUCCUUGCUCAUCUUCACUAUCGUUGUCGCCUCUAAUCUAGCGGAUCGACAUGGCAGAGACAGCUGGGCUUGUUAUUGGUGUCGUCGCCCUCGCUGGCCUGUUCAACAACACAGUUGAGUGCUUCGAGAUCGUCCAACUCGGCCGCGCAUUUGGAAAGAGCUUCCAAACAAGUCAGCUCAAACUUGACAACGCAAGACUCCGUUUGUCGCGGUGGGGCAAGUCUCUGAGUCUGGAUGAUGUCCGAGAUGCGGUAUCGCUUCCGGGGCGUUUGGGGUCGGAAACAACCGUCAAACACGCUGAAGCCUUGCUUGGCCAGAUCAUAGAACUGUUUGCGGAAGCUGAGGGCGUAUCGAACAGAUACAGGAGUCGGACAGAGCCUGAAGACAACAGCCUUGCGGUAUACGAUCCUCAGACAGACCUAUAUCCGGCAGUGGCGAAGCUUCAUAACAAGAUGCGGCAGCUGGCUAUUGAGCGCCAGAACCGGUCUGGCGUACGCCAAAAAGCAAAAUGGGCACUGUACCAGGAGAAGCAGUUUCGACGACUAAUUGAGGACGUCACUGAGCUGGUCGACGGCUUGGUCGAGCUUUUCCCAGCCACGCAGCAGACUCAGCGCGAGCUUUGUGAUAGGGAAGUAUCGGCUAUUGGAGAUGGCGAAGGCAUGUCUGUAUUAAAAGAGAUUGCUGCUGCUCAGGAUAGACUGCUGGAGCAGGCAAUUACGAACGCGACAGUUGGUGCCGAGAGAUCCCACCACAUUGUGUUUUCAGGCAGCGGCAACACAGGCCUUCAGCUCGGCCACAACUCUGGUACAAUGUCGGGGUUCAUGUUCGGAAAAGGUGGCUAAGCAUGUGAAGAUUAAAUAGGUAGUAAAUGAGCAGU